CAAGGCAUUUUCCCAAGUCUGGACUAUACUCGUGCUGCUGUGAAAGUGAUCACUUCACACCAGACAGCGGAGACUGCCCGCGAUGUUGAAGAACGCCACCCAUAGAAGCAUGCACCAGGGAGAGGACUCGAGGCUGCGAGGCGGGAGCCUGCCGUCCGCCCGCGAAAGGAAACACCUCGCUCUUUGCAUCAAUACCCAGGACGAGGGGAAGAGAUACCAUCGCCACUGCAGCCACAGCGGCGGGUCGGGCGUGCUCAAGGUGGAGAGAAACCGUUCCCGCAAGAGCGAGGACGAGGGCUCCAACAGCGCUCAUUGCCGCGAGCAACAGCAGCACCUGGAGACCAAGGCUGUCGUGAUCCAGCGGGCCUGGCGUGCCAGCCAGAGCCGCAGGGAGAGCUGGCUGGACCAGAACCAGACCCAGACCGGCCUUUACCUGGAGCAGGAACCCCCAGGAACCCCGGGGACCCUAAAGACCCCCGUGAUGAGCUCUGAGGACUACUCCCUGGAUGAGCUGAAGAGCUUCCAGGGUGACUUCAAGCAUGUUAAUGAUGGAGGAUUCCAGCUGCAGAGUAACCAAUCCACCAUGGACCUGGACAACGUCAACGGCCCCAGCCCCCCCAUGGAGACCAAAGUGUUGAUCAUCCAGCGGGCCUGGCGUGACUUCCUGCAGAGACAGGAAGUGGAGAAGAGGAGCCCCUCCCCCCCCUCCCUGUCCUCAUCGGACAAGAUGAGCACAUCGAUCAGCAUGACCACCCUAUCAGUCGGCAGCACACCGGACUACCGGGAGGAUGGCAUGGACCUGGGCAGCGACGUGUCCAGUCGCUCCAGCUCCGAGUCCAACUCUAACAAGGUCACGCCUUGUUCCCCCUCCCUGGACCUGGUCCCCCUGGAGGACUUCAAGUCCUCCCCCUCCCUGGACCUGGAGACCCUGGAGGACUUCAAGUCCUCUCCCUCCCUGGACCUGGAGACCCUAGAGGACUACGAGGAAGACGAGGACUACCAGGAGUACAAGAAGAAGGUGAUCGAGGAGUGGGAGAGCGAGUACGGCGAGGACUGCGCCUCCCCGCAGCCCCCCGGCCAGGAGGACCGCCCCUCGCCGGGGGUCCGGGGGUCCGGGCCCGAGGGGGUCUCCCCAAAGACAGUGAACAGCCGGAGCCUCGCCGAGGAGUUCCAGGACGUGAAGACCCCCCCGCCGCUGCCCGCGCCGGGGGGCCGCAGCUCCACCACCUCCUCCACCUCCUCCACCGCGGGCGUCGCCCCCGACGAGAUGAAACAAAACGGGAACCUGAUCCUGCCCCGGUCUGUCCAGCGCCACUCCCCUCCGGGGGCCCCCCAGGGCCGCAAAGGGGCUGCUAAAGCCAGCCGCCACAGCUCCAAGCAAAGCCGGGGAGGCGGUGGCGGCGGUGGCGGCGGUGGCGGCGGUGGCGGCGGAGGGACUGGGGACGGCCGGGGGUUGGGCUACAGAGAGGAGUGUGUGGAGGAGGAACCCCUCCCCACCAUGGACUGGGCGGCGUUGGAGAGACACCUGGCCGGCCUGCAGUGCCGCGAGCAAGAGAACCAGAACCUCAACCAGAUCAACAACCACAGCAUGGGCAAGACCAGCUACACCUCUGCCCAAAAGAAUGAGAGGGAGUCCAUCCGACAGAAGCUGGCCCUGGGCAGCUUCUUCGACGAUGGCCCGGGCAUCUACACCAGCUGCAGCAAGAGCGGCAAACCCAGUCUGUCCUCACGGCUGCAGAGUGGGAUGAACCUCCAGAUCUGUUUUGUCAACGACAGCGGGAGCGACAAGGACAGCGAUGCGGAUGACAGCAAGACAGAGACCAGCCUGGACACGCCUCUGUCCCCCAUGUCCAAGCAGAGCUCGUCCUACUCAGACCGUGACACCACCGAGGAGGACUCGGAGUCCCUGGAUGACAUGGACUUUGUGGGUCGGCAGAAAAAGCUGCAGGCGGAGGCCAAGCUUGCCCUGGCCAUGGCCAAGCCCAUGGCCAAGAUGCAGGUGGAGGUGGAGAAGCAGAACCGCAAGAAGUCCCCCGUGGCAGACCUGCUUCCUCACAUGCCACACAUCAGCGAGUGUCUAAUGAAGAGGAGCCUGAAGCCCACCGACCUGAGAGACAUGACCCUGGGCCAGCUGCAGGUCAUCGUCAACGACCUGCACUCCCAGAUAGAGAGUCUGAAUGAAGAGCUGGUGCAGCUGCUGCUGAUUCGGGACGAACUGCACAUGGAGCAAGACGCCAUGUUGGUGGACAUCGAGGACCUGACCAGGCAUGCCGAGAGCCAACAGAAACACAUGGCGGAGAAGACACCUUCCAAAUAAAAAAAGACCCCCCUCCCCGCUCUCGGGCGGCGGGCCCCGAGCCAGACCCAGGCCCCUGCCCUCGGACCGCGGACCCCGAGCCAGACGCAGGCACCUGCCUCAACCCUUGUACAAACCACACAUGUUCCGCACCGUCAUCUCUCCCUGUCCGUCCAUCAGAACCUGUGUCUCCUCAUCCGACGGUUACAGCUCCCGCUGCCCUCCCCCAUCCCUCUCCCUCUCCCUCACUCUCUCUCUCCCUCCCUCCCUCCCUCCAUCCCUCCCCCUCUCCCUCCCUUCCUCCCUCCGUCUCCCCAAUGUCUGCCGUUCCCUUCACCCCACUGAAUGUGGCCACACAGCACAGAGGAACGCCCACCCCCCUGUCGUCUGCUUCUGUGGUUUAUCCCACCGCUUAGGGCAAAGGAGCACUUCCUGCUUCCUGGGAGACAGAGGGAGACGGAUUGUGUGUUGUCAUGGACACCAUGCCAAGCUUUCUGUGCAGUGAACGGCCUUGCUUUGCUAAGUUUCUUUUUAACUUUCUACAUUCGCCACUAAAUUAUAACUGUCGAUUGCAACAAAAAAAUGUGGGGAAAAAAAUAAAACGAAUAGUAAAACAUUAAGUAGAAAGUUAUGAGAGAAAAAAUAAACAUUGUAUAAAAACUAUGAAAAACUAAUGUCUUCAGACCAUUAUAAGUUGGACGGUAAUUUUAAAGUAUUUCAAAGUCAACCUCUUUUUAUUCUGCACAAAUGGUAGUUUUCAACUGAAAAAAAAAUAUUUGAAGGUGCUAAAAGAGUGGUAAGAAAAGAUGCUUGAGUCGUAGCUUUUGGUAAUAUGUUCACUCUAAUUGCUCUUCAACAUUUUGUGAAUGUUGAUUUUCUGACACAAGUCAUUUUAAAUGAAUAAGCGUGUUAAUAUCAUUUUCAUUAUAUUGUAUUCAGAAUCUUUAUUUGAGGAAAGAAAUGUUUAUGUACAGUUAUGUAAAAUAAAGAAUAAAACUUUGUUUCAUAUACGGCGUGCUCUGUGGUGAAAUAUGUUGUGCGUGCGUUCGACAACACUGACCCUUGUUCAAACAAGGAUCAGCUCUCUGUUGAUGAUCAAGACCAUCAGCCAUAAGUGUGUGUGGUACAGUGAGACAUUCUUCACAAUGACUCACCGCUGCCUCUCUCACUGUAUUGGCCACAAUGUUUUUACUGAUCGUUUCUCUCUUCCUUUUUCUGCCUGUAACUCUCUUCUUCUAUGCAUUGCUCAUAUUAAAAAAACUCAAUAUUCAAA